AUGUUUACGAUGUUUAGUUUUGAUGGGCCUAAUAGGAAAGAUUUCGUAUGCCAGACCAGACAACAAAAUGUAGUGUAUGUAGCAAACGGAAUCUGGGGAUUACCAGCAGUUGUUUGUGAUUUCUACAUAGCAAUGGAUGUUACGUGUUCAACAUCAUCCAUAUUUAAUUUAGUAGCGAUUUCUAUAGAUAGAUAUAUAGCCGUAACUCAACCAAUCAAAUAUGCCAAGCACAAGAACAACCGAAGAAUAUGGCUGACGAUAGUGCUGGUGUGGGUGAUUUCCGCAGCAAUCGGGUCGCCGAUUGUUCUUGGCCUCAAUAGCACUCCAGACAGGGACGAAGACGCGUGUCUCUUCUAUAAUGACGAUUUCGUUAUCUACUCAAGUCUUUCCUCCUUUUAUAUCCCUUGUAUAAUUAUGGUAUUUCUAUAUUACAGUAUUUUUAAGGCUCUAAGGGCUCGAGCGAUGCAAUUGAAGUUCAAUAAAAAGCCAAUGGCGUACGAAAUAAAACCGGGAUCCGUGAUAGAGAACAUUUCUAAUACGCACAGACUGGCCGAAACCACGCUCGGGGGUCCCACUCCCAUUGACGAACAAGCGACGAACACCGGGAGCGGGUCUGGAGACGAAGAUGAGGACGUCAUGGCCGAGGCCGAUUGUCACGUCAUCUCCAACGAUAAGAGCACCGAGUUCAUCCUCGCGACGGUCGUAGAGGAAGCUACAAUAUCGACGGUAGUGGCUAAUCUUCCCGUCCCGAUGGGUGACCCGAACGGAAAUAACGAUUCGGGCUACGUACAUAGCCAUCCAGAUAUUUCUGUCAUUGAAAGUCCUAGAAGAUUGCGAAAUAUUGCAAAGAAGAACGGCUCCACACUGGAUACCGAAUUAAGGAUGAUAAACUCGGCCAACAGCCCAGUAGCUGUGAAUCGGGCAGCCUCUUCUCCGGCCGCGGGAUCCACGGGCUCCAAAAAAGAGAAAAAAGCCACAGCUGCUGCCAGAUUUACAAUAUACAAGGUUAAUAAAGCAAGUAGAAAGAAACGGGAGAAAUCGUCGGCGAAAAAGGAAAGAAAAGCUACUAAAACUCUCGCAAUCGUUCUUGGUGUCUUUCUUAUCUGUUGGCUUCCAUUCUUUACGUGCAACAUUCUCAGCGCUAUGUGCAGUAAGCUCAACCUGGACUGCCAGCCUGGCAUGGCUGCUUUCCUUCUCACAACGUGGCUUGGCUAUAUGAAUAGUUUCGUCAAUCCCGUCAUCUACACCAUCUUCAAUCCUGAGUUCAGGAAAGCUUUCAAAAAACUCAUGUUCAUGGGCGCUUAGACUGGUAUCAACUUUUUAGUCUUUAAGAGAUUUUUUACUUAAAUUGUUUUGGUUUUUUACUAGGCGUAUGCCGACAAUAUUAAAAGAAAAGUGAC